GGAGAGGAAAUGUAAGACCGAGGGCGAAGCCCCGAGGUCUUACAUUUCCGACCCCUGAUCGCCGAGUGUUUUACAUCCCCAAGCAUAACCGAAGAGGAGUGUUUUAUCUAGCUUAGAAACCGUGGGGAAACUUCUUUUUUUUUGCAAUAAAAUGCCAAAAUUUGCCUUAUAUUGUCCUGAAAAAGUCGAGUGUAUGAGAACUACGUUUUGAUUCGCUGUAAUGACGUCAGAUCAUGCAUGUGCCAAUUAUCACGUACUGCACGUGCAGAUUGUUGGUACUUGAGCGAUGUUUUACAAUUGUCAUGUGACGUGACUAGGACGUAACCAAACAUAUCCUAGCUGACCGGAUCAUCACGUACUGCACGUGCAGAUUGCCGAUACUUGUGAGAGGUUUUACAAUUGUCAUUUCACGUGACCAGCUUUUUUUAAACGUGCGCAUUCACACAGUAACCACACACUUUUACCGUGAACACGAUGAGCGACGAGGACAUCUUUCUAACCCAUGCUCAGAAAAUGGACGCUUUCUACUACUCACCAUUAUUAGUGAAACCCAAGGCAGACAGAUGGUUCAGCAAUUUCCCGAUAGGACACAACACGCUUCAAGGCAUAAUCAAGCGACUGUGUCGGAAUGCAGGAAUCGAGGGAAAGCGAACAAAUCACUCUCUCAGGGCAACAUCCGCCACCAGGCUAUACAGAGCCAACGUUGAUGGGCAACUUAUUUGCGAGCAGACAGGCCAUCGAAGCGAAACUGUGCGCACUUAUAAACGGACAUCCGAAGAUCAGAAACUGCUGGUGUCGGACAUCAUCUAUGGUGGGGGAAAGCAGAAAAAGUCUGUUACUGCCACUGCCACGAGACCAUCUCCAGAUGAUGCUACUGCGCCGCCGUCAAUUGCUACUGCUACUGCUAUCCCGUCAUCUGCAGCACCGCCACCAGCCGUUUCCAGUGAAAUUGUCUCUGAUCACGACUUGCGAGAGAAAACCAAAAAGAGACGCUUCGCGGAAUAUUUGUGUCACAUUCAACUUCAGCUGAACUGUAAACGGCAUGGUUUAUGGCAUCUCAGAAUAAAUAUUGAAACAUGUGUGUGUUGA